GUGUCAUGCCAAUACACAUGGAAUCAAAACAAACAAAUAUUUAAGUUUAUAAUAUAAAGUUGAAAGAGUCAAAUUGGAUAAGUAAUUCCAAAUUGUAAAGUAUACUGUAUCUUGGAAAAAAAUAUUCAGUGAUGGCUGGAUUAAAAGGCGCAGACUCAAAUAAGAAAAAAUAUAAUCCGGAAUUCUCUCCUGCACAGACUCAGGGAUAUUUAAUAAAAAUGUUCAAUAUUACUGAAAAUAGUAGGCUUUUAAUGGAUCAGGCUCUUAGAACAAAAAGCAUUGAGAUAGAGUACUUUGGCGAGCAUUCCAGGAAAGACGAUAUAGUCAAUAGACCUCUCUACGAUCAUUUCUAUCAUCCAAAUUUGGAUUUUGAUAAAAAGUCUCAAAGAUGUGAUCGGUUUCGACCGACCAGGUUUCAGAAUAGUAUUCAUGAAGAGGAAAGAAAGAGAGUUGUGCCGGUAAGAACAUCAUCUAUUUAUGGCCAUAGAACACCCAGACUAGAAGAAUUAGCAUUAACAUUCCAUGGAAAAUCCGCAGAGAUGAAGAGGUCUUUUUACAAUAGGUGUAAAGUGAAUUUACAGCCCGAAUUAGAAAUGGCAGUAGUUGAGAAACGACUGAUGAUUGAUCCCAUGUGCAAAUAAUUACGAUGAACUUGAAUUUAAUAUUGUAUUUGUAAAAAUUAAGAAUAAAUAAAUGUUGCUGCAUAUUUUUGUAGGUAUUGACUGAAUAGCACCAGUAACUGAAAAGCAAAACUGUUGAGGUAAAAUUAUAAUACUGUAUACCUAUAUGUAGUCAAAAAUAAUAUAUUUCAAAAAAUAUUAAAC